AUGGACUACGGGUGCUUGCAGUUUUCCGUUGAAGCAGGACUUGAGGUUUACCGGCUUUGUGAGGUCAAGCCUAUCGCGAACGGCAGCUCAAUGAGCCCAGCAGCCCUGACGGCUUCUGCGCUGCGAGAGCAUGAUUGCAUUUUGGAAGACUGGGAGGCUUGGGGGCCAUGCUCUGCCAAGUGCGGGAAGGGACAGAGGCACCGGGUGAGGCGGGUGCAGCGCCCAGCCAGUCAAAUCGGGAGAGGCUGCGAGGGCCCGAUGGAGGAACUUGGCCCCUGCGAGGACACGCAAUGCAACAGACAGGAUUGCGCCUGGGGCGAUUGGGACCAGUGGUCGGAUUGCUCUUGCAGCUGCGGAGGAGGUGUCAAGAAGCGCAACCGUGUUAUUGCGGUGGCGCCAAAGCAUGGGGGGAAGCUAUGCCCACCCGAAGUGAAGUCGGAGGUGGCUGCCUGCAGCGUUCAGCCAUGUGACAGAGGAUGUGUGGAUGCAAAGUGGGGUCAAUGGCAGGAGUGGUCAACCUGUUCUGCCAGCUGCUCCAGUGGCUACCGCUCGCGAACCCGCUUGAUGGAGGAGGAGGCCAACCACUGCGGCAACCCGGUUGGCGGCCUUCGCCAGCAGUUCGAGAGCUGCCCCCUUCCCCCAUGUGUGGCUGACACGGAUUGCGAGCUCUCUAUGUGGGCGAGCUGGUCCCAGUGCAGCUGCUCCUGCUUCGGCAUUCGAGAGCGAAGCCGGUUCAUCAAGACCUUCGCUUUUGGGAGCGGAAAGCCACUUGGUUUGGAGCAGCGCGAAGUGUCAUUGCAGUCGGGUUCUUUUGGGAUUGUUUGA